AAAAGACUUUAUUUAAUAACAAUAUAAAUAAAAGGUUCAAAAUUAUAUUGAAGCGUAAUUUUUUAAUGUAAAUCACAGAAUUGGAGUGAAUUAUUUCCUGUGAUUCCCCUGAAAUUUUAUGUGAUUCCCAUGAAAUAUGACUGAAACUAUAUAAACCCCACGCACCCUUAAAUUUUCUGCAUUCAACAGAGCUCCACUGUACUUCUACAUUCGAUCGCUAGUUAUUCUUGAUAAGAUGUCCAGUAAGGAUCAUAAGGAUGUCGAAAGGCUUGGCGAACAGUACAAAAACGCUCCAAGAGAUGCAAAACGCGAAGUCGCCAGAGGAAUGGGUAUAGAGCAGGUUGGGGUCGGCAAAGACACCAAAGCUUCGAGGGCCCAGGCUCACGAGGGUAACAUAAGUUCUGAUUCAGGGGUUGCCAAGUUUCAAUCCGCAGGCAUGGGCCCUAAAUAGUUCAGCAUUAUGAUCUCUAAUCCCUUAUCUACACGUUUUUUACUGUGAAAUCUUAAUUUAUUUAUUUCCAUUCAAUUCUUCAAUGUUUAUGUAGCUUCUGAAGUUCAAUUUCUUAUCAAAAUUUCUUUUUUUAUUAUGUUAAUGUAAACCUUAUAAUAAUAAAGUUUUUUCUUUUAAACGUUUUUA